GUUUAGAUUUGAUUGCGCAUGCGCAAAGAGUUAGGGCGGUUCUGCCAGUAGAGCUCCAGACUGGCUGUGUGAAAAUCUUUGAGAAUCCGGAUGGGCAAUAAAACAUAAAACUCUCUACUAGCGCUUUUGUUCAGAGAGCUGCAGCAGAGAGGCUUGGGAGUUACGGGACCAGCAUUCACUUUUCCAACCCAUGAGCCCGCUUUUAGCUUUUCCUUCACACUUCACUCCCUAAAAAAGUGACGCGGCCGUCCGGAUCCUCGUUAGCUUAACCUCGCACCAUCUCCUGUGUUGUCAUCUGUUGUCACUUAAGUUUUUUUGGAAAACACGAAUCUGCAGCAGUCAUGGAGCCCAUUUAUGCUACGGGAAUGGCGGCCAAGCUGCGCAGUCAGUGGGAUCGAGAUGAAGGUUUGGGACAGAACCAUAACGCUGUCAAGUUAUACGGGCAGGACUACGAGAUGCUGAGGGCGCAGUGCCUCCAGAGUAGAACCUUGUUCGAGGAUUCCAACUUUCCUGCCUGCACAUCUUCACUGGGUUUUAAAGAGCUCGGGCCACGCUCCUCCAAAACACAAGGUGUACGCUGGAUGAGGCCACCGGAGUUCUGCUCUCGCCCCCAGUUCAUAAUGGAUGGAGCCACUCGUACAGAUAUCUGUCAGGGAGCACUGGGUGAUUGCUGGCUCCUGGCUGCUAUUGCCUCUCUUACCCUUAAUGAUAACCUGCUGCACCGUGUGGUUCCACAUGGACAGAGCUUCAACGAGGGCUAUGCUGGGAUCUUUCACUUCCAGUUCUGGCAGUUUGGUGAGUGGGUUGAUGUGGUGAUUGACGACAGGCUGCCGGUUAAAGAUGGGAAGCUGCUGUUUGUGCACUCGGCGGAGGGGGGCGAGUUCUGGAGUGCUCUGGUGGAAAAAGCCUAUGCCAAGCUGAAUGGCUGCUAUGAGGCUCUCUCAGGUGGCAGUACAUCCGAAGGCUUUGAGGACUUCACAGGCGGUGUGACGGAGAUGUACGAGUUGCGCAAACCUCCUGCUGAUCUUUACCACAUCAUAAGGAGGGCUGUGGAGAGAGGAUCACUUCUCGGCUGCUCCAUAGAUAUCAGCAAUUCUAGUGACAUGGAGGCCGUCACCUUUAAGAAACUGGUUAAAGGCCACGCCUACUCUGUAACAGGAGUGGAGGAGGUGUCUUAUAGAGGAACCCCCACCAAGCUGGUGCGCAUCAGAAAUCCCUGGGGAGAAAUGGAGUGGACUGGAGCUUGGAGCGAUAAUGCUAGAGAAUGGGACAGUGUGGAUGCAUCCAGCAGGAGCAAACUGCAUAACCGCAGUGAAGAUGGAGAGUUCUGGAUGUCUUUCCAGGACUUCCUUCGGGAGUUUAGCAGGUUGGAGAUCUGUAACCUGACAGCUGAUGCUUUAGAAACCAGUCAGGUGAAGAAGUGGAGCACGUCAUUGUACCAGGGCGAAUGGAGGAGAGGCAGCACAGCUGGAGGAUGCAGAAACUACGCAGCUACAUUUUGGCUCAACCCUCAGUUCAAGAUCAAACUGGUGCACCCAGAUAUGACAGGACAAAACGAUUGCACUUUCCUAGUGGCUCUCAUGCAGAAAGACCGCAGAAAACAGCGCAAAGAGGGCAAAGACAUGGAGACCAUCGGCUUUGCGAUUUACGAAGUUCCCAGUCAGUUUGUAGGCCAGACAGGAGUUCACUUGAAGAAAGACUAUUUCCUCACACAUGGUUCCACCGCACGCUCUGAGCUCUUCAUCAACCUGCGUGAGGUCAGCUCACGCUUCCGCCUUCCUCCUGGAGAAUACAUCAUCGUCCCGUCCACGUUUGAGCCACAGAAAGAAGCUGACUUCGUGUUGCGUGUCUUCUCUGAAAAACCUGCUGACUCUGUGGAAAUGGAUGAUGAAAUCAAAGCUGAUCUUCCCAAAGUGCAAUGUUUGGAUGAGAGUCAAAUCGAUGCCGGAUUCAAGAGUCUCUUCAAGCAGUUGGCAGGAGCGGACAUGGAGAUCAGUGUUACGGAGCUCCAGACCAUUCUGAACAGAAUCAUCAGCAAGCAUAAAGAUCUGAAGACGGACGGCUUCAGCCAGGAGGCGUGUCGCAGUAUGAUCAACCUUAUGGAUACAGACGGCAGCGGUAAGCUGGGCCUCGUAGAGUUCCAUGUGCUGUGGGAGAAAAUCAAAAACUAUCUGGAAGUGUUCAGGAAGUUUGAUGUGGACAAGUCAGGCACAAUGAGCUCAUAUGAGAUGCGAAUGGCGCUUGAAUCAGCAGGCUUCAAGCUGAACAAUCAUAUAUUCCAGCUGAUUAUUCUGCGCUACACAGAGCAGGACCUAACGGUCGACUUCGACAACUUCGUCACCUGUCUAGUGCGCCUGGAGACCAUGUUCAAGACGUUUUACACCUUAGACACUGACUCGGAUGGAAUAGUGUCCCUGAACUUCAACCAGUGGCUAUCCUUGACCAUGUUUGCUUAAACAGACAGACAUCUGAAUGCCUGUCCGCUUGCACUGAGACCCACAUCUCCCUUCAACUGGUCCAGAAGUGCCUUCUUCAUAUUUUUUAUUAUUAUUGUUCAAGGUGAUGGUAUGCAAUCAGUAUUUUAGUCUAGACCCUCUCUUUGACUUUUUAAAGGUUUACUUGUUUAAGGAGUUGUUAAAAGGUUCUUUUGUCAUGUGGGGUUGUUGCGUGUCAUAUACUCAUAAGCCAAAACAUUAAGCCACAAUCUGAGAAGAACACAAUGCAUGUAAAGUCAACAGUCUUUGCCCUAAAGUGCCAGACGGUGUAGUGUUUACAGCCUUUCUGACCAGCCACAUGAAAACAAGCAUACUUUUUCUGCUUACUGAUAAUAUCCUGAAACUUACCUUUUUGCCAGAUAUUCCUGAUCUAUCAAUCAAUUCCAGUUCAGUUUGUUCCAUUGUAAAGGACUUCACGAUGUUUCCGUAACUGACAUUAUUUAACGUAGAAAAACCAAGAGUGUCAGCAUUAAUCCAUCAUAAAUAUACACCAUAACAAAGAAAAUAACACUCAAUAUAUGCUUUAAUAUAACGAACCAAACAAGCUAUAUGAUCGAAACUUAUAUGAACUAAUAUUUAUACCAUCAAUAAGUAAAAUUAUUUUCAAUGUGACCAACAAAACAUGUUAACAUUUGCAGAAUUAAGGAACAUGAUGUUUGAAUUUAUUUAACUGUGAUUUGCAGAGAUAUUACUCAUUGGAGGUGUGUUCAGUCACUUUGGUAACAUUACUUAUGGUUUAUUAUUCGAGUUCCCUGAUGAGCAGAGAAUUAACUGUCAGUGGUGGUCCCAAGCCUGGGUAAAAUAAGAGGGCUGUGUCAGGAAGGUACUCUGGUGUAAAGCCUGUGCCAAAAUAAAAUAUGCAGAUUUUCAGACUCAGUUCUAAAAACAGUUUUUGUCAGUGUGGAAUUAAUUUUACUGGAAUUAUUUUAAUGGAAUAAAUAUUGGAUGAUCAAGUGUCGAUAAUAAUAGCUUACAUGCUUUGGUGAUCCCAAGCAGGGAGCAGCAUAAGAACAAACAGUUAUGGUUCAUUAUUUCUGACAUUAAUGGUUGUUUCAUGGUAAUGCAGUAGGAAAAGUUACUUAAGGGAGCAUUCACAUAGUGAUAACAGCGUUUUUCCGUCUUUUAUUUUGUGUGUCUUUGUGUGUGUUUGUGUGGUUAUUAAAACUGAUUUCUAUAAAUAAAAAAAGCUUUGAUGUUUGUGUAGCUGUAGGUCAUAUAAUGCAAAACCUGCAUGAACUGUGAUUCUUGGGUGCUAGACUAUCUGGGAAUUUGGCUGCCAUUCAGUUUUUAAUGUUUUUGUCUGGCUUUGUUAUUGUAAAUAAAAAUAAUGACACAUCAAUCCCAUAUCUGAAAACUGCUGAAUAAAUCUGCACUUAGGAUGCAGGAGGUUGAAGUUGUCUGUUACUACAGUAGCUGUUGAGUGAUUUCUGCCGGGAACAACAAGCAAAGUACUUUUAUUAAGAGAAGCAGUUCCAAUUGUUAUCAGUCGGAAUGAGUGUUCAUGCAAAAGCCAUGGAGGGGUAAAAUGUAACGAUUAACGUUUAAAUGCUGAUGCAGAGAUACAAAAAAGAAAAAAAUGGAUGAUUUCAUAUUUCUUUGCUGAAUGCACGACCCUAUAAAAUCCAUGAAGAAAUGCUGUUAAUUCUGUUCUGUUCAUGCUCGUGCCUGUAUUAUGUUCUCUGUGCUCUGGUCAAAAGGCACUUACUGAGUUUUAUGUAUUCAAAAAUGUAUCUGUUCAAUAAAUAUAUUUUUAAAAUACAA